UGGGGACGAUUUCUACCGGGAGCAGAAUCGACAGUUGUUUCUGAUCCCGAACUAGUCACGUUAUCAAUUCCGGAGCUCAAUCGUCGUCUCCGAGGCCUCGCUAAGGAAGAAGUGAAACGUUUAAAGCAGCGUCGACGAACGCUAAAAAACAGGGGAUAUGCUGCGAACUGUAGAAAUCGCCGUUUAGAACAAAAAGAUGGCUUGGAAACGGUCCGAGAAAAUUUGGUGGCGGAAAUAAAGAAAAUGAAAAACGAAACAAAAACAAUCGAAUCUGAUAUCGUUAACCUGAAAAUCCAGCUUGCUGCCACGGGAAAGUCAUUGUAGUUUUUAAGAUGCUAAUUUUUCUUUUUUUUGGUUGUUUGUAUAAGUGUACCGCAUUGUGUAGGUUCAUGGAAAGGUUUCAGUGGUCAGUAUUUCAGCUUUUGGUCUAAGAGACGAACAGAUUACACAGGGCGAUGAGAAUUUUUAAGUUUCACUACUUGUAUACUGAGCGCUGCUUACUAACCAUCCUCACAAUGUCUUACAAUAAACAAGAAGUCCUGAACGAAAUUUGCUUACGAUUACGUGGUCUGUUUACGAUAUUUACACACAAUACUCGAAUGUUAGUGCUAAUGUUUGCCCAAUAUUGUUUUGAUGGAACA